AUGAACUUUCUCCUUUUGCUGUUCCUGGUCUUCUUUGUCCCAUUGCUACUCUUCAUUGUAUGGCUAGCAGCUUCAUCCUGCUUAGGCAAUCGCUUUCGCCUGGGAGGAUUUUCAGCCCAGCCCGGAGUCAUGGCCUAUGGCCAGAGUUAUCUGCGAACAAUGGCCAACUCAGGACCUGCUAUGUCUGAGCAGAUUGAGAUGGACGACAUGCUAGAUGAACCAGGAACCCGUCGUCGCUUUGAAGAGGAGGAGUGGGAUGAGUGA